CCAGUACGGUGGCCGACGGGAGCCAGACGGUGGGGAUGAAUGAAGGUGCUGGGUGCAGGAUCAACAGUGAUAAUGGCUGAGUGUACAAGCCUCCAGUUUGUCAGCCCUUUUGCUUUUGAGGCCAUGCAGAAAGUGGAUGUUGUUCGGUUGGCAUCUUUAAGUGAUCCAGAAUUGAGACUUCUCCUGCCCUGCUUGGUGCGAAUGGCACUUUGUGCUCCUGCUGACCAGAGCCAGAGCUGGGCUCAGGAUAAAAAACUCAUCCUUCGUCUUCUCUCUGGAGUGGAAGCUGUCAACUCCAUUGUUGCGUUGUUGUCAGUGGACUUUCAUGCCUUAGAACAGGAUGCCAGCAAAGAACAGCAGCUUAGGCAUAAACUUGGAGGAGGCAGUGGAGAGAGCAUCCUGGUAUCACAGCUUCAGCAUGGACUGACGUUAGAGUUUGAACACAGUGAUUCACCUCGUCGAUUGCGUCUUGUGCUUAGCGAACUGUUGGCAAUUAUGAACAAGGUGUCUGAGUCCAGUGGAGAAUUUUUUUUUAAGUCAUCUGAGCUAUUUGAGAGUCCAGUCUAUUUGGAGGAAGCUGCAGAUGUACUUUGUAUUUUACAAGCAGAGCUCCCUUCCCUGCUUCCUAUAGUGGAUGUAGCUGAGGCCUUGCUGCAUGUUAGAAAUGGUGCUUGGUUCUUGUGUCUGUUGGUGGCCAAUGUCCCGGAUAGUUUUAAUGAAGUUUGUAGGGGUCUCAUAAAAAAUGGAGAACGACAAGAUGAGGAAAGUCUUGGAGGAAGGCGCAGGACAGAUGCCUUACGCUUCUUAUGUAAAAUGAAUCCUUCUCAGGCCCUCAAGGUUCGAGGCAUGGUGGUGGAAGAAUGUCACUUGCCAGGCCUUGGAGUGGCUUUGACAUUGGAUCAUACUAAAAACGAAGCUAGUGAAGAUGGAGUGAGUGAUUUGGUUUGUUUUGUUAGUGGUUUGCUUCUCGGAACGAAUGCAAAAGUCCGGACUUGGUUUGGAACUUUUAUCCGAAAUGGACAGCAGAGAAAAAGAGAGACCAGUAGUUCUGUCCUUUGGCAAAUGAGAAGGCAGCUUCUUUUGGAGUUGAUGGGCAUUCUUCCCACAGUAAGAAGUACCCGCAUCGUGGAAGAAGCUGAUGUGGAGAUGGAGCCCAAUGUGUCUGUGUAUUCGGGGCUGAAAGAAGAGCAUGUUGUGAAAGCCAGUGCACUCUUACGUCUGUACUGUGCUUUGAUGGGGAUCGCUGGACUCAAACCAACUGAGGAAGAAGCUGAGCAAUUACUACAGUUGAUGACAAGCCGUCCUCCUGCUACACCGGCUGGGGUUCGCUUCGUUUCACUUUCCUUUUGUAUGCUACUGGCCUUUUCUACACUUGUCAGUACACCUGAACAGGAGCAGCUGAUGGUAGUGUGGCUCAGCUGGAUGAUCAAAGAAGAAGCUUAUUUUGAAAGUACAUCUGGUGUCUCUGCUUCUUUUGGGGAGAUGUUGUUAUUGGUUGCCAUGUACUUUCACAGCAACCAGCUUAGUGCUAUCAUUGACUUGGUCUGUUCCACUUUGGGGAUGAAGGUUGUCACAGCUCAUGCUGUUCGGGUCCCUGUCACCAGCAACCUGAGUGCCAACAUUACUGGAUUUUUGCCCAUUCAUUGUAUUUACCAGCUUCUCAGGAGUCGUUCCUUUACCAAGCACAAAGUGUCGAUCAAAGACUGGAUUUAUAGACAACUGUGUGAAACCUCUACCCCACUCCAUCCUCAAUUACUUCCUCUGAUUGAUGUGUACAUAAAUUCCAUACUUACUCCAGCAUCUAAAUCUAAUCCAGAAGCCACAAAUCAGCCAGUCACAGAACAGGAGAUCCUAAGUAUUUUCCAAGGAGUCAUUGGGGGAGACAACAUCCGCCUUAAUCAACGUUUCAGUAUCACAGCACAGCUUUUGGUGCUUUACUAUAUACUGUCUUAUGAGGAGGCUCUCCUAGCAAACACGAAGACUUUAGCUGCCAUGCAAAGAAAGCCCAAAUCAUAUUCGUCUUCUUUAAUGGAUCAGAUUCCUAUCAAAUUCCUUAUUCGACAGGCUCAAGGGCUGCAGCAAGAGUUGGGAGGGUUACAUUCUGCUUUACUACGUCUGCUUGCAACUAAUUACCCACAUUUAUGCAUUGUGGAUGAUUGGAUCUGUGAAGAAGAAAUCACAGGAACUGAUACCCUGUUAAGGCGAAUGCUACUGACCAAUAACGCCAAAAACCACUCUCCUAAACAACUCCAAGAAGCAUUUUCAGCUGUCCCAGUAAGUCACACACAAGUGAUGCAGAUUCUAGAACACUUGACUUUGCUCUCUGCCAGUGAACUUAUACCAUAUGCAGAAGUAUUAACAUCCAAUAUGAACCAGCUGUUGAAUUCAGGGGUUCCGCGGCGAAUUCUUCAAACGGUCAAUAAACUAUGGAUGGUUCUUAAUACUGUGAUGCCUAGAAGGUUGUGGGUAAUGACAGUUAAUGCACUUCAACCUUCAAUAAAGUUUGUACGGCAGCAAAAGUAUAGUCAGAAUGACCUGAUGAUAGAUCCUCUCAUUGUCCUAAGAUGUGAUCAGAGAGUACACAGAUGCCCCCCACUGAUGGAUAUCACUCUACAUAUGUUGAAUGGAUACCUUCUUGCAUCCAAAGCCUAUCUUAGUGCUCAUCUGAAGGAAACAGCAGAGCAAGAUAGGCCUUCUCAGAAUAAUACAAUAGGUUUAGUUGGGCAAACUGAUGGCCCAGAAGUUACCAGAGAAGAAUUGAAAAAUGCAUUACUGGCUGCUCAGGAUAGUGCAGCUGUCCAGAUUCUCUUGGAGAUUUGCUUACCAACUGAAGAAGAGAAAGCAAAGGGUGUCAAUCCAGACAGCUUGCCAAGGAAUGUUCAAGGUGUUAUUAGUACUAGCGCUUCAAAUAAGGGAACGGAGGAAGGAGAAGACAAUUUGCUCUGUAACCUUCGAGAAGUUCAGUGCCUUAUCUGUUGUCUGUUACACCAGAUGUACAUUGCUGAUCCCAACAUUGCUAAACUUGUCCACUUUCAGGGUUAUCCAUGUGAACUUUUACCUCUGACAGUCGCAGGCAUUCCAUCUAUGCACAUCUGUCUGGACUUCAUACCUGAGCUUAUUGCACAGCCAGAACUUGAAAAACAGAUAUUUGCUAUCCAGCUGCUUUCUCAUUUAUGUAUCCAGUACGCCUUACCAAAGUCGCUCAGUGUGGCUCGCUUGGCUGUGAAUGUCAUGGGAACUUUGCUAACAGUUUUAACGCAGGCUAAGCGUUACGCUUUUUUCAUGCCAACUCUGCCAAGCUUGGUCUCUUUUUGUCGGGCAUUUCCUCCACUAUAUGAGGAUAUUAUGUCUUUGCUGAUCCAAAUAGGGCAAGUCUGUGCCUCUGAUGUUGCCACUCAGACAAGAGACAUUGAUCCAAUUAUUACACGUCUUCAGCAAAUAAAGGAGAAACCAAGUGGAUGGUCUGGAAUCUGUAAAGAUCCAUCUUAUAAAAAUGGACCUGGGGACACUGGAAGUAUGGACCCUGAUGUGCAGCUCUGUCAUUGUAUUGAAAGCACAAUAAUUGAAAUAAUAAACAUGAGUGUUAGUGGAAUUUAAAAAGUAAAAAAAAAAAAAAAAAAAUGAAGCUUUUUGCUGCAUAUACUCAAUACGAAUCUGCAUCCUAUAACAACUCUAAGCCGAAUGGGAACAGUAACAUCUUGGAAUCAUUAAAUGAUUCAGCUCAACAUGAAUAUAAUUUAGAACUCUCUUAAGAAUUAUGCUUGCUUGUAUUUGACUGGCAGUUCUUUGGAUCUACUUUCCUGGUAUGUUUAUAUUGUAGCAGCAGAGCUUUUUUUUUUUCCCCCUCCCCUAUUGGGAGCACAUUUUAGAAACUCCUUACUGGAAGGUGAAUUUGGCCUUGUAUUUAGCAUUUGCAAUGAAGAAAAAGCUGCCAUGCCUUUAACUUAAUUUCUUAUAAAGAUGAGUCUGGGUGGCCCUAGUGUUUGUCUGUCAGCUAGUAACACUGUGACAACGAUGCAAUGAUGAGAGGGAGAAAAAGGGAAGGGAGAAUUCAGGAAAAAUUAGUUUAAAUACCCAAUAGAACUUGUUAAAACUUGCAGUGCAAGUAAUAGUGAUGCAGGAUGGAAUUUUGCUUCUCAAUAAAUAAUAUUGAGAAGGCUUUAAAGAAGGCAAAUAGCUUUUUGUAAAUGAUUUCCAUGGAAUUACAGAUGAGAAUUUUAAGAUUUUACAUAUUUGCCUCAAUUUUUACUAAUAUGUAGACAUAUGUUUAAAAGAUACUUGAAUAGUUUGGAAUUUUAACAUACUGGUUUAAAAGUGUUUACAGAAACAUCUUUGUGCAAAGACGAACCUGAAAAGAGAUCUCAUUUAGUUUUUUUAAAUUUAUUUUUAUAAUGCUUUACUAACUUACCAAGUGGUCAGUGUGGGAAAUACAUUAGUAUCUAAUUAAAGUUUGGAGCAGUACAACAUAAAACACACAAUGUUAAAGAGCUCUUGGUGUAACAUCAGGAUUAUUAUUAAUAAUUAAUAUUAGAAGAUCUCUGAGUAAAAAUAUAAACAGUAUUUCAACCUCAGGAAAAACUAAAAACCAUAAAGGACCAUGUUGGUGAAGGAUUUUGCAGUUCUGUUAGUAAUUUCCAUUGAUUAGGUAGAUGCAUUCAGGUAACCAUAAUCCUAAUUUUUCCCCCUUAAUUAAGUAUCCAACAUAGAAGGUACUUUUCUUUGCUUUCUGAGAAAUACCUGAAUGACACACUUCUCCCAGCCUCUCCAGUCCCCUGUUUUGAAGCAGACCUCUUCACUUGUAAAAGAAAUUAGGUAGGCUAAUAAGAAAGUGUGUUUUUUAAGAAAAGAAAUUUAAUUUCAGUCUUUUCACUAGCAUAUAUAUGGGCACAUCUCAUUUUCCUCCUUUGUAAAAUGGGAUUACUACUGGCCCUACCUCAUAAGGGUAUUAUAUGAGCACUAAUUUGUAGCUGUUUCAAAUCAUGAAGUACACAGUAUCAAGAUGAUAGAAUAUUUAUAACUUUUAUUAGAUGCUUAACAUUCAAUUAAGUAAUUUUGAUGCAAAAAGUAAAAGCAUACACUUAAAAAAUACCAUAAAAUUUUUUCAUAUUUUUAAAGAAAGCAGUUUUAUAGUCUUUUAAGAUUAAAUACAACUGCUCCUGUUUUGUUUUGCUUAGUUUUUAAACAGAGGCUUUGGAAUAUUUUGUGUGAAUAGGUAACUUCUAGGAGUUCAGAAAAGGUUGAAAUGUUUUCUAACUAAAUGCAGUGCACAUUCCUGGAUCAAUUUUCAAAGACUGGUCAAAACCUGCUGUGUUAAAGUAACAUAUGCUGUUUUUCAUCAGAUUUGUUGAUGAUGUAAAUAAAAUGUGUAAAUAUAUUAGUAAAUGUUAAUAUUCAUGUAUUUUAAGUUAAGGUUAAAGAUUUGUCACAAUGUGAUUUUUUUUUCAUUAAAGUGAAAACAGAUGUGUGCAACUAUUUUGAAUAUUGGUUUAUAAACAUUCAUAUUCUUUAUCAAA